AUGCGUUCGCCGAUAAAAAUGUAUUAUCUGAAACCUAUCGUGGUCCACGAUUUCACAGUGGAGAUACCCAAGUGCAUGUACAAGCUGAGCAACAUACACGGCCCAAGAAAACUGGAUGGUUCUGAAGAACACGUUACCACACCGGCGAGAAAAUUGGAUAUUACCGAGAAGGUUAAACAGUUUUUAAAGAAUUGCCAAGAAGUUCCAGGGAUGGCGGAGCUAGAAGCUAGACAAGGCGCUAUCUUGGACCAGUUAGCCGAGCUGAGGAGGAGGAUUUCUGGCCUCAAAAAGGAACUAAAUUUGCAAGUUGACUCUACACCCCAGGAAAAUACACCAUUAAGCAGUUCCACUGUAACUACAACUCAGAAAAACAGCCUGCCAGGCACAUUGGUGAUCGGGGUCAGUCCCACCAAUCCCCCAUAUUCCCUAGAGCUUUUGCAAAAGCUGCUGCAAGAUCAAAUCGGUUUGGCUGUCACCUGUUACCUGCACUCCUCAGUUCCCUCCCUGCCAAAAGAUGCCGCACAACUCCAAGAAGCUUUAACUAACUUCAAGCCUAAAGAUGGCGUGCAUGUGGUGAAUUUAAGGCUGAUUUGGAAAAAUUUGUCUUCCUCCAAUGCCGAAUUCCUCCUAACCCGCACCCCAAUCCAAGGCGAAGUAAACCUCCUAAGAUACCUCUGCCGAGCGACAAACACGACUUUAUCGUACGAUAACGACACGAAUUUGUUGGAAAUCGACUCGAUCUUGGACCAGUGCCACCUGUUGGCCUUGUUUACGACGAAAACCGAACGGGCCGCCAUCUUCCGAACUCUGAACAAAUCGACGAAUAAAUCAUCGUGGUUGGCCGGGAAAAGUGACGUAGGCGUAGCUGACUUGGCCGCCUACUCGGCUAUUAAGCAGAGUAACUCGGCGAGCGAGCUGAACGCUAGCUUGGCUAAGUGGUACCAAAGAUGCGCUAGCUUGUAAGUGUAAUGUUAUUGGUUAAAUAUAUUAUUUUUAUUUAAA